AUGCCUUCUCUUCGCAUUGCCGUUCUGGAGUGCGAUACGCCGAUUCCCCCGGUCCAAUCCCGACUCGGUGGCUAUGGAGAGAUCUUCGAGGGGCUCUUGAGGAGGGGUCUGAAGGCAUACGGGGACUCCACUGUGGAAAUCCAUGAAAUCAGCAAGUGGCAUGUCGUGGAAAACCCAGUAUAUCCCGACCCGAAUGAGUACGACGCCUUUCUCCUGACAGGGAGCAGUAUGGUCCCUUCACCCCCUUGA